CAAGGAUGUGUCCCCGGUUGUUUAUUUCCCAGAGGAAGGUGGCGUUUUACAGGGUAAACAGCACAGCGUGCACUAACUCCCGCUCCGCGGAGGGAUACUGUACGCAGCCGGGUCUUCGUGUGAGCAGAGCUGAAUGGAGGCAGCCUCUUCCUGGUGGAUAAACAGUGACAGCUACAGGGCAGCCACCUAGACCCAGCACACAGGCUCUGCGCUGCCCUGGCAAACAACACCAAAAUGGCUUCAGACAGUACACACAUCGCGCAGUUGACUUCUGAACUGUACUUCCUAAUAGCCCGAUUUUUAGAAGCUGGACCGUGUCAAAAAGCAGCCGAGACCCUGAUAAGGGAGGUGGAGGAGAAGGAGCUGCUACCCAUAAGGCUGGACUGGACAGGGCAGGAACACCCCGGGACGUACGAAAAUUUGGUGAAGCUAUAUCGACAUAUCAGUGCAGACCACCUGCUGCAGGUCUGCUCCAGAGUGUGUCCACUGUUGGAGGGGGAGGUCCCCGCCAGCGUGCCUGGACUCACAAGCCUGCUGGGCGCCGGCAGGCAGAAUCUCCUGCGCACCGCCAAGAGUUGCAAGCAUGUUGUGUGGAAGGGUUCGGCGCUGGCUGCGCUGCACUGCGGGCGUCCACCAGAGCCGCCAAUUAUCUACGGGAGCCCACCGAAUAUUGUGGAGACAAACUUCGGCCGCCGGCUGAAUGGCUCCUACCGUCUGCGACAACUGGUGCCCACGGCUGUGUACCUCCACAUGAAGAUGCACAAGCGGAUCCUGGGACACCUGUCAUCUGUGUACUGUGUCACCUUUGACAGGACAGGGCGACGCAUCUUCACGGGCUCAGACGACUGCCUCGUAAAGAUCUGGGGUACGGAUGACGGGCGUCUUCUUGCGACCCUGCGUGGCCAUGCUGCUGAGAUAUCAGACAUGGCUGUCAGCUACGAGAACACCAUGAUCGCUGCCGGCUCCUGUGACAAAACUAUCAGAGUGUGGUGCUUACAGACUUGUGCUCCGUUGGCCGUUCUGGAGGGACACGCUGCCUCGAUCACAUCGCUGCAGUUUUCUCCCCUCUGCUGCGGCUCAAAGCGCUACCUGUCCUCCACCGGAGCUGACGGCACCAUCUGCUUCUGGCAGUGGGACGCACGCACGCUCAAGUUUGGUCAGAGGCCCAGUAAGUUCACAGAACGCUCCAGACCUGGUGUCCAGAUGAUCUGUUCCUCCUUCAGUGCAGGUGGGAUGUUCCUUGCUACAGGAAGCACAGAUCACAUCAUCAGAGUGUACUACUUUGGGUCAGGACAACCAGAGAAGAUCUCUGAACUUGAGUCCCACACAGACAAAGUUGACAGCAUCCAAUUUUCACAUUGCAGCGACAGGUUUGUAAGCGGCAGCAGGGACGGUACAGCACGAAUCUGGCAGCUGCAGCCUCAGGGCUGGAGGAGCAUUCUGCUGGACAUGCAGACCAAAUUACCCGGAAAGUACAACCCUCCACCGCUGGAAGACAAAGUGACCAAGCUGAAGGUUACCAUGGUAGCGUGGGAUCGCCAUGAUGGCACGGUGAUAACAGCGGCUAACAAUCUGACGCUGAAGGUUUGGAACUCCACGACAGGAAACCUUGUCCACGUCCUCAUGGGUCAUGAAGAUGAGGUGUUUGUUCUGGAGCCGCACCCCUUUGAUCCGAGGAUCCUCUUCUCAGCGGGGCAUGAUGGGAAUUGCAUUGUGUGGGACCUGGCCAGAGGAGUCAAGAUCCGCUCCUAUUUCAACAUGAUUGAGGGCCAGGGGCACGGUGCAUUGUUUGACUGCAAAUGUAGUCCAGAUGGGCAGCACUUUGCAGCCACAGACUCUCAUGGACACCUGCUCAUCUUUGGUUUUGGCUCCAGCAGCAAGUACGACAAGAUAGCGGACCAGAUGUUCUUCCAUACUGACUACCGGCCACUGAUUCGAGACGCCAACAACUACGUGCUGGACGAGCAGACUCAGCAGGCGCCUCACCUCAUGCCCCCUCCCUUCCUGGUGGAUGUGGAUGGGAACCCCCACCCGCCUCGAUACCAGCGCUUGGUACCUGGCAGGGAGGGCUGCAGGGAUGAGCAGCUGAUCCCGCAGAUGGGGGUCACCUCCUCAGGCCUGAACCAAGUGGUGAGUGAGCAGGCGGUGGACGGUUCAAGUCCUCUGGAUACGAUGAUUCAGAGGCUGCAGCAGGAACAGGACCAAAGACUGGGGACGAAUGAGAGCCCUGCUUCUGCGACUGCAAACACUCGAUCCAGCAGAGGAUCAGUGGGAUCUCCCACAGAGGUUCACUCUCCGCCCAACGUUGGUCUGCGGCGCAGCGGGCAGAUCGAAGGUGUCCGGCAGAUGCACAGCAACGCGCCUCGCAGCCAGAUGGCCACAGAGGGAGACCUGGUAGCCUGGAGCCGCAGGGUGCUAGUUCCUGAGCUGGAGCACGCCUCUGUCAGGAGACAGGUAAACUGGCGUGAGGCGAAAGGGGAGGAGGAGAUCAAUAUUUAUCAGUCCGAGAGGAGGAGACGAACAAUCCACUCUCUCCCCAAGGAGAGCAGAGUUCAUCCCUCUUCAGAGUCUGCCGUUGACGAGGGGAGGAAGAGCCAGGGUAACCACGGCUACCAAACUCGUGCUGCCAUGGAGGAGACGAGCCGGCAAAGCGCUGAGGGUGCUGACGAUGACGAAAGCGCCUCGGAGGCAGAAGUUGAAGUUCGGCAGAUCAACGGACACUCCUCAGAAGAGGAGAAGGAGGAGGAGGAGAAGGAGCCCUGGCCAGAUGACCAUAGUAGCUCAAGUGACUACUCCAGCGACUAUUCAGACUGGACGGCAGAUGCGGGGAUCAACCUCGAGCCUCCGAAGAAGAGCGUGAAAGUGAAAAAGAAAAGCAGCAGCUCUGAGGAGGAUGUAGAGAAGAAGAGGGAGGGGAAGAAAGAGAGAAAGAAGGACAAACCAGACAAAGAUGGUGCUUUACCAAAGAAAACAAAGCCAAAAGAGAAGAGGAAGAGGACAGAGUUUGAGGAGCAGGGGCUGACUCUGGAGGAGUGGCUUCCCUCAGCAUGGAUCACAGACACGGUCCCCCGGAGGUGUCCUUACAUACCCCAGAUGGGAGACGAGGUUUACUACUUCAGACAGGGCCAUGAAGCUUAUGUGGAGAUGGCCACAAAAAAGAUUUACAGCAUCAAUCCUAAGAAGCAGCCCUGGCACAAGAUGGAGCUACGGGAGCAGGAGUUGAUGAAGAUAGUUGGCAUCAAGUAUGAGGUGGGCUUGCCCACGCUGUGCUGUCUGAAGCUUUCCUUCCUGGACCCUGACAGCGGGAAGCUGACCGGAGGAUCCUUCUCUAUGAAAUACCACGACAUGCCUGAUGUCAUCGACUUCCUGAUACUGAGGCAGCAGUUUGACAAUGCCAGAAAGAGGAACUGGAGUAUAGGUGACAGGUUUCGGUCAGUGAUUGAUGAUGCCUGGUGGUUUGGGACCAUCGAGAGCCAGGAGCCCUUCCAGUCUCAGUACUCUGACAGCCUGUUCCAGUGCUACAAUGUCUGCUGGGAUAAUGGCGACACAGAGAAGAUGAGUCCAUGGGAUAUGGAGCCUAUUCCUGAUGAUGCCACCUUCCCUGAUGAGUUGGGCACAAGCGUCCCGCUGGUUGAAGUGGAACAGAAGGAUCUGCUCUACGUCCCACUGGACGGCGAAUGGGGCUGCCGCACACGCGCAGAGGAGUGCGAACGCAUCAUCAAAGCCAUCGACCAGCUCUGCACACUCGAUGUUGCAGCACCGUUUGCCUUCCCCGUGGACCUGCAGGCUUACCCCACAUACUGCACAGUUGUGGCCUACGUCACUGACCUCAGUACCAUACGCGAAAGGCUGGUGAACCGCUUCUACAGACGGCUGUCGUCUCUGAUGUGGGAGAUACGUUAUAUCGAACACAACGCCCAAACGUUCAACGAGCCCGGAUCGUUCAUCGUCACCACCGCCAAGUUUGUCUCUGACCUCAUGCUGCAAUUCAUUAAGGACCAAAGUUUGACAGACAUCAUGCCGCUCCACAAAACCAUGAAGAAAGCCGUCUUCUCUGACUCGGAAGAUGAGGAUGAUGAAGAGGAGGAUGAAGAUACUAACACUCCUGGAACAUCCAAACGAAAUCACAAGGGUGGUAGACCAAUGCAGCGCAAACUGCGGACCCGACCUCCUUCGUACGACCCUCAUGCGUGGAGGGGACGCUGUAAGGAGCUGCUGGAUCUCAUCUUUCAGUGUGAAGACUCGGAGCCCUUCAGAGAACCAGUGGACCUACAGGAAUACCCGGACUACCUGCAAAUAGUCGAGUCUCCGAUGGACUUUGGCACAGUGCUCAACAGGCUAACAGAAGGAAAGUACCAGUCUCCCAUUGCACUCUGCAAAGACGUCCGCCUCAUUUUCAGCAACUCCAAAGCUUACACGCCCAGCAAGAAGUCUCGGAUCUACAGUAUGAGCCUGAGGCUCUCUGCACUCUUCGAGGAGCACAUCAGCUCCAUCCUCUCUGACUACAAAGCCAUCCACGGCCUGACUGAUAAACUGACCAGAAAAGGCACUGACAGACAGACGCGACAUACUACAGACAGACAGACACGGCAUGCCAUGAAGAGGAGGAGGAGGAGAAGUGACUCUCCAGCCAGCAGCACUGCGUCCAGCCCGGAAAGGAAGAGGCGUGUGUCAUCAAGAGUGACUGGGAAACAGGAGCCGACACCGCCUCCUGCUCGACCCUCAUCUCUGAGACAGAGUGCUCCCCCAAAACAGCCCCCCCAGCUGGUCAACGGAAGGGCAGACACACCUGCUGCAGCUCGGACACGAAGCUCAGCUCGCUUUUCUUCACACGCCCCACCCUCCUCAUCCAACUCUCAUAACACGAGCAACACACAGAGCACAGCAGAGUCUUCUCGCUCACUGAGGGCUCAUAACUCUGUGUCAGCGUCAACACCACUAGCUCCUGAAAAGGUGACAUCCACUCAAGCUGCAGAAAGUAGUAGUGGAGGUAGCACCCGGAGAAAACUCAGGACUCCUGUACGACUCACUCCAGGCUCUCCUGCAAGCCCUUCCCCUCAGAGCACAGUCCACCUGAACGGCCACAGCAGUCAUGUGACCCUUGGUGUGGGAAGGAGGGGCAGAAAAUCCGGACUGGAUCCUCCACAAAGUCCUCCAGAGGUCUCAACUCCAGGGAGUCCCUCAAGACCCCGAGGUCGCCCUCCUGGGAAGAAGAAAGGCAGAAAAAGCAAACAGGAUCUAGAGGACAUGACAAGGAGUAGCACCCGCAGGAGCUCCACCCCUGAUGAAGAGCUCGACCAUUCGACAGGGGACGAGGGCGGGACUUCUUCGGCGCAGGAAACAUCUAUGCUGUCGGACUCUGGAAUGUCAUCACCCAGAAGGCGUGGGCGUCCUCGAGCGGUACGAACUGAGGACACCAGUCCUCCUGCUGAGUCACCUGAACCCUCGCCGCUGAGGAGGAGCAGCAGGAGGACCAACGAGGAGAUCACACCUCCUCCACAGAUUGCUCCUCAACGAUCCAGUCGGAGAGAGGCAGGGGAGGACCCUGGAGGGUCAAUGACGACGCGAAACCAGGGACGGCGGUCUGCCUGGUACAUGGAAGAGGACUCUGAGGAGGAGCAGAGACAGCUGCUGUUUGAGGACUCGUCCAUCACCUUUGGCACCUCCUCAAAGGGGCGUGUUCGGAAGCUGACAGAGAAGGCCAAAGCCAACCUGAUUGGAUGGUAGAGCAGACAAGCAGGAUCUGAGGAGUAUGAGGCUGCCCUGACAGAGAAGAAAUCUGGAUGAGAUUUUGAAACUAGGCAGCAAAGGAUUAUGGGGCAGAGUGCAGGCAGUCAUGCGUUCUGUUGUUGCAUUUUUUUAAGUGUGUGUACGUCCGAGGAGCUGCUAGCUGCUAUUCAAAGCUGUUUCAUGGAGAGACAACAGCGCAGUUAUGUUUUCACUCCUCCCAACUAGUUGGCAAUUGGUGACGCUAACGGACAGCUUUCUGAAGAUGCAUGUUCAUUUGCCCUGACUCCUCUUCCUACAUUAUUGGUCCAUGUUGGAUCCCACAGGAGCUCACAGACUCGGAAGCUGGUGGUCUUGUGACACCCCUGUGAAACACUCCCUACCUGUUAGUGUCAAAUGGGGGUUAAAAAAACAGUACUUGAAAAAAUCACAAGAAGAGCUGGAUGUAUCUUAUGUCACUCUUUCUUUGUCAGGACUUUAAGAGUCCUGUUUCGGUGGGUCAAAGACGCCCACUGAGCUAAAGAAGUCAGUGACAGCUCACAGACUGCUGGUGUUAAGUCCUUGCCCCUUCUUCAUUGUUCCCAUGUUUUUUAUAUGACCUUCCCUCCCCCUGCUUUUUAUAGGAUUUGUACGUGAUGAUCGGCUCUCUGUUUUUGGAAGUCUUACACAUUUACUGGCCUGGGCGUGUCUGUCUGCGCUAAAAUACCAAAUGGUGUACCUUUGUUGGUACUGUAGAUCAGUAGUUUUUGUUUACUGUCAGUGUGUGCGAGCGUGUGUGGUGUUUCUUUUUUGUUUGUUUUUUUUGCAUGUUAAUUAGAAAGAAAAAAACAUCUUUUGUAUUUUUAAAAGCUGUUUUUGUUGUGAGGAGGAGAUAAAAGAGGACGCGACGGUGAAAGAGGUCAUUUAAAUGUUUUGAUUGAUCACGUUUCAAUGCGUCUUCAACAUUAGCAAUACCUUGUGCCUUUAUGUCCUUGAUGUGUGUGAGCGUGCAUGUGUGUACAAGUGUGCCCUGCAAAGUACAGUAUGUGCCUGUGCGUGUAUGAUACCAAGUUGUGACUCUGCGAGUGUGUGUACGUGAAGGAGUGUGUGUGUUUAUAUAACAGUGUGUCAUUCACUUUCAGCGUACAAACAGUGGCAUACAGUUUGAUCGUUGUGAAAACUCAAAGAAAUGUAUUUAUAGCAGAAAAAAAAGACUUAUUUGUUGUUGUAAGACCAUUAUUCACGUCAAGAUAUUAUCCUAUAACCAACCUAUCGUCAGUUCAUACCUAAGGUACAGCCAGGAGCUUUGGGGGACUAGCUUUGGAUUGCACUUACCACAGAACGGCUAUCAAUGCAGUCGUAGGAAAUAAUCCUGUGUUUGUUUAUUUUGAAGUUGUUAGCAUAUGAAAACAUACUUUUAUAAGUACUGAUUUGUUUCUGUGGUGACCACACACAUACACAAAUCUGUCUUGCAUGUUCUAGCACUUUGUCAUGUCUGAGGUGAACACGAUGGAGCCAAAUCAAACUGGAUCAGACUGAAUUUGAAAAGAAAGCAGAAAGAGAGAAGUCUUGAAAUUCAUAUUUCUGAUUGUGUGCCUUCCCUGCUAUGGCACAUUAAAUCUUCAAGUUCUGCUUUUGGGGCCUUUUUUCUUUCUUUUUGGGACUUCCUGGUUCUGCUGGUCACUGGGUUUGGAGACCUAGACUUUUGGGACUGGGCUUGGCUUGUACAGAGGGCUCUUUAAAGAGAGGAAAUUCCAAUUACAGUAAAUACAAUAUAAUACAUCUCUCUUUCUCUCUUUUUACACUCAACUAAUGGGCUGGGUUUUGAAAGGUGGUACCCCCCCCGCUUGGUUCGAAAUGUUUCUGUUUUCACCCCAGCACAGAACAACUGAAUGCCAAAAUCAGCCACGUGUGUUGUGGGUUUACCUUAGAAGAAGUGGACAGUAGCACCUAUAAACACCUGGGUUCUUUCAUAAGUCUUUAUAUCUCAUAUUAUUGAACAUAUAUCUCAUCUCUUUGUCGUUGUUUUUUGUUCUGAAUUUGUCAAUGCCAAAUUCUGUAUUUAGGGCACUGAAGUUUUCAACCAUGGCGUUUGAAUGUGUUUCUUUCCUGGAGCAGUUUUAUAUAAUGUGUCAGCUGUUUUCUGUCUGUGUGUCUGCCAUACAGGACAUUACUUUAGUGACUACAUCAGUGGAGUUAGAAUACAGUCAACAGCAGUUGUUCAAUGUGAGUCUGGCUUGUAUGUACUUCACAAAAGGUUAGCUUAUAAUGUUGAUAUGAAGAGUUUUAUUCCAGAUUCAGAAAGCCUAAAACAGACACCUUCCUCUAGAAAUGACUAUUUAGAAUGAACAUAAAUCUUAUUGUCAGGGUUUCUAUUAACGAUAAGAAGCUAAUGAUAGUAAGCUCCUUAGGAACACAUAAAGGUAUAUUUCAGAUAACCAUAUUUACAUACUGUAUAGUUUAUAAUGAGAAGGGUCUGGAACCAAAACUUGAGGCCAUGGCUUCUUCAAAUUGAAGGUAUAGGCCUGUUUUGGUGUGAUGUUUACAUGAUUUAACAGUCGUUGAAAAACCUAAUGCUUGGUGGAUUUUUAGUGUGAAUUAACCAAUCUUAAAUUAGGAAUAGAACUGGUGGCUGACUUGCCUUUGGUGAGCCACACAGCAGCCAUUGGACUCAUGUUAAUAAGGAGAAGGACAUGGAUUUUUAUCUCUUGUGAUUUUAAAAUGAGCAUUAUGAAUCAAAUGCUGCGCUCAAUCUUGCUCAAAUUGCAGUCCCCAACUCUUCAUCACAUCACCCAUACAGUUGUUCAAACAAAGAGCUGAUGGAGAACUGGUCAGGUUGUCUUAACCGUGCUAGAGUUUUGUAGAACAUCUUAUCACUUCAGAGGGGCCUUAAAAGCAAGUCACUCCUUUAUAGGCAAGACAUUUUGUGUUUACUUCUAUCUACUCUACUCCCAACAUUAGUCCCCAGACCUCCUCAGUGUAGACCACAUAAGGAUUUUGAAUUAGUUGAGAUCUUCACUGACUCAGUGAUCCAGAUCAGCUCUUACUGCAAACAACCGGCACUACAUUUGAGGAGGUCAUGUCCAUGUACAUUUAACAACAGGCCUGUGUUUGUGUUGCAGAGUUGUGCUGUUUGUGACCUCUGACCAGAGGACACAGGUCAGAGGUUAAAGGUCACAGUGUGUGUGUGUGUAUGUGUGUAUGUGUGUGCGUGGAGUGGCUGCAUGUGAGCCACCAGAGAGUAUUUUGGGAUGUUUUAAGGGGCCGUGGGUUUGCAAAGAACAGAAGGGGAAGGGAACGGGUUUGUUUUAUGUGAGCUGAUUGAGGAGGACGUCUUUGUUAGUUUGGAUACUUUUAUAUAUAAAGGAAUUAAAGCAAAAAGAAGCAUAAAGCUAGAAUGUAUGUUUAGGGGAGUACUACUGUCCUGUUAGUUCAUACCAAUAUUUUAAGUGAAUAAACAGUUGUGUUUCCAUAUCUGCUUCUCUGUCAAGUUGUUGAUUGUGUCAUUAAAAAAAAUCAUCACUUUUCAAGGAU